AUAAUAUUAGCACUAUAGCCGCCAACCUUAUAGGCCACACUGACUGUACAAGUAUCUCGUUUGUGUUGUGGAAUUUAUUUAGUUGUUCAUUGCCGAAGUCGUUGAGAGGUCUAAAAAGCAAAUUCUGUAAAGUGUUUCUGUGUCAGCAUGGCUAGAACAAAGCAAACUGCCCGAAAGUCAACUGGAGGAAAAGCUCCAAUGAAGCAGCUUGGGCUUGCCACCUUGGCUGCUCGUAAGAGUGCUCCCUCACCUCCUGAAUUGAAGAGGCCUCACAGAUACCGUCCUGGUACUGUCGCUCUUCGAGAAAUUCGUCGUUACCAGAAAUCCACUGAGCUUCUUAUCCCCAAGCGGCCCUUCCAGAAUCUUGUUCGUGAAAUCGCUCAGGACUUUAAGAGUGACCUUCGUUUUCAGUCGGCGGCCAUUGGUGCUCUUCAGGAGGCAUGCGAGGCCUACCUGGUCGCAAUCCUCGAGGACACCAACUUGUGUGCCAUUCAUGCUAAGCGGGUCACCAUCAUGCCCAAGGACAUCCAGCUGGCACGUCGCAUCCGUGGCGAGCGGGCUUGUCGGGCUGAAAAUUCUGUAAAGUGUUUCUGUGUCAUCAUGGCUAGAACAAAGCAAACUGCCCGUAAGUCAACGGGAGGAAAAGCCCCAAGGAAGCAGCUUGCCACCAAGGCUGCUCGUAAGAGUGCUCCGUCAACUGGUGGUGUGAAGAAGCCUCACAGAUACCGUCCUGGUACUGUCGCUCUUCGUGAAAUUCGGCGUUACCAGAAAUCCACUGAUCUUCUUAUACGCAAGCUGCCCUUCCAGCGUCUUGUUCGCGAAAUCGCUCAGGACUUCAAGACUGACCUUCGUUUUCAGUCGGCAGGCAUUUGUGCUCUUCAGGAGGCAAGCGAGGCUUACCUGGUCGGCCUAUUCGAGGACACCAACUUGUGUGCCAUCCAUGCUAAGCGUGUCACCAUCAUGCCCAAGGACAUGCAGCUGGCACGUCGCAUCCGUGGCGAGCGGGCAUAAGCUGUUUCUGGCUCACUGAUAUUCAUGCAAUACAUAUCUGCUGCUUAUACUCGUACACCCAUAUGCAUGUAGCGUGCUUCUUGGACUUUGUACGAGUAGGUUUUGGUGAUAGAUUUUCGGUGUGUCACAUCAGAUCUACAUGUACAUCAUGCAAGUUACUUUGGUCUCGUACUUAAGUGGUAGCAUAUCACACACCAACCUGGACACACAAGCAUGCCAUAAUGGUUAUUUUUAGUGGUUGUCUCAUAUUUGUCACCAAUAAUCCCAUUUGUGGAAAAGGUAUUGUUU